AUGUUCGACAAAUCGGUACUUGUAACAGGUUGCGACUCUGGCAUAGGAUUCGGCCUAUGCAAGAAACUUGUUGAAAGAGGCUUUUACACCAUUGCAGUUUGCAGAACUGAAGUCGGUAAAAACAGUGUAGAAGAAGUGUUUGUUAACUUUAAAAACAGGGGAAACGCCACAAACGCAGAUGAAGUGGUCAAAGAUAAAAGCCCAGAACAAACUGAUACACAAGAGGUAGGACUUGUAACAAUAUUGGACAUAACAUGUGAAAAGUCAAUAAGGCAGCUAGUUUCGACAUACGUUGAGUUGAAUAAGGCAGCCAAGGUGCCUAACCUAUACGCAAUCAUAAACAACGCGGCGAUAUGGCGAUUCUCAAGCCUAGAGGAAUCUCUGCUAAGUGAUGAUGGGAUCCACGAGGAGCUGGAAAGAUGGAAAAAUGUAAUAAAUAUUAAUGUUCUCGGCGCAGUUACAACGUCUUUGUAUUUUAUGCCACUACUGAGGGUACACAAGGGCCUGAAACCCAGAGUUAUUUUCAUCUCCAGCGUUUUGGGCGAGUGUGCAAUGCCGGGCCAAUGCAGUUACAUAUCAUCCAAAUUCGCAAUCAGAGGCUUCCACGAGUCACUCUUGCAUGAAUUAGUCAACAAUGACAUAUUCUCAGUCUGUAUUUCGCCAGGGCCCGUCCGUAACACGAAUCUGUUCAGCGACCUGGACGACUACGAGGCUGACCAGUCGUACAAAUGUGAACACACUAAGGCAAUAAAGGACUCACUAAGGAAAUUGCGGAAUUACGGGUCAAGCAUCGACAAAGUAGUCGCUGCAGUCAUAUGUGCAUUGGAAUCCAAGAGGCCAAAAAAACACAGGAACCCGGCGGGAACCCUCGUGUUUAGAAUCAGCAAAAUGCUCCCAAAGCUCAUUUACAUUAAGUUAGUUAGGUUCGUGCUGAGUAAUAGUCGCUUUCUGGACAAUAAGCUAGUACAAAUGCCACUAAAGUAUAUAUUCCGAUAA